AUGACUCUUCGAGAUGUUAUGCAAAGGGUUGAAGAAGAUCAUGGUCUUCGUGCCACUGAGCAAAUGUACAAAAAGCGCCUUAAAUCAUGGAAUCUCUCGAAGCACAUCAAAGCUGAUGAGAAGGAGAAAGUCCUGGGCAAGCUACUUCACGACGAACCAGCCACGACAGAUAUUUCGCACGUGCGACAUGAUAAACUCGUUCGAUACGCCAAGUCUCGCGUCAAGUCUGGUACCCUCGAUCGUGAUGGCCUGACCAUGGUGGUCGAUCUUGGUCGAUUGCAGAAGAAUAAGCACUCCUCCACGCAGCGACCCAAUGUGGUCAGAAGAGCUGGUAUGCUCGCUUCACGAAACGCAAAGACUCGUGCAGCUACUUCUCCACCACCAAGUCUAUCUCUCCCGGAUGGGCCUGCCAAUCUCGAUAUGUUUUUACGAUCGAUGAGGGCAGUGAUAGCGAGAGAACGAGAGGAGUCGCUUUUGGGGUUAUCAUUCUCUCCUGAUGGGAUAUUUGUCGCACUCAAUGAGGGUCUGGCGCAUUGGCGUGCAGGUGAAGUCUCCCUGGCUUGUGGCUCCUUCAGUGACGCAGCUCAGCUGCUGUCUGAGGACAUUCAAGGACCCGUUGUAAUAGUCUCACGCAUAACAUAUUGCAUCAGUUCAAUAGUCUGGGGUAACAUUCGAGAGAAGAUUUUUAUCGGCUUUGCGCGGUUCAUGGCGAAAGUGACACUUGAGAAGCAGGGAAAAGACUUCCCACUGACCAGAAUGCUAAAGCACCUGCGCAGGGAGCAGAGUAUCGAUGCACAGUUGGCGAUCUGGGCAUGUGCGCUAGACGACUAUCAGAUCUCACAGCAGAAUGUAGUCCAUUGGUGGAACAUGGCGCAACGACGAUGGCGAUGGUGUUUGCGAAGCGGAAAGCCUGAACUUGCAACACGUUACUGCAAGUAUGCUAUAGCUGAGUCACGUCGAAUAGGCGUGUUGACUAGCGAUAUGGAGAGAGAAGCGCAACAAGAUUUCGAGCCCACAAACCAUGCACCAGGUCCAUAA